GAUACCAAAUACAUCCGUGAGAAACAAUAAGAACAAUGCCAUCGCCACCCACGCUACCCAACAGAAUGGAUAAUUACUAUUACAACACCAGCAGCAACUAUUCUAGUCCGUAUAGUCCCUCUUCUCAUAGCUAUAACAAUAACGUAAUGAGCGGCUCGUCGUACCCGCCACCAGUGCCCUCAUCGCCAACCACUGCACCAGGCGGGUUUUCUUGCAUAUAUAUCAACAACGAUGCUCAGCAGCAGCAGCAACAACAACAACAAUAUCCUCAUCCAGGACAACAACAACCAUCAAUGACUCUACCCUAUCAUGGAGGUGCAGGAGGUCCAUACUAUCAGCAGCAACAUCAUCCAUAUUCCGCACAACAGCAGCCACAGCCCCCAGGAAGUAUGGGACCGGGAGGUUUUGUCAUUCCUUCAAUGAAUCCAAAUAACAACUAUUUUCCCAAUAAUCCACAACAGCACUAUUACCCAUCAUCCAUACCUUCUCCUACUGCUGGUGGUCCACCUCCUCCUCUACCAUUUCAAUCACCUGUAAUGCACCAGCAGCAGCAAUAUCCGUCGCCGCCACAGCAACCUCCUCCCUUUUACUGAACAGCUUGAUCCAUGUAUUAUUAUUGUUGAUAUUAAAAUUAUAU